AUGAAUGGCUCCAUGGUCAACGAUAUGCCUGGCCCUGGUCACUUAGGUGUAGCACCACGAAAUAACGGUACAUCGUAUGUCGUUUCACAGGAUUACAUUCACAAAAGGCGUCCGCUACGUAUAGUGUGUAUAGGCGCAGGCAUCGCUGGGAUCGCCGCGGCAUACAAAUAUCAGAAGCGUCUAAAAGAUGUCGAACUGGCCAUAUACGAAAAGAACCAUGAUGUUGGAGGUACCUGGUUAGAAAAUCGGUACCCGGGGUGCGCGUGCGAUAUUCCUGCUCAUGGAUAUACGUAUUCCUGGGAGGGAAAUCCUGAAUGGUCACGAUUCUACGCCGAAGCCCCAGAGAUUCACGCAUACUUCAAAGGAUGCGCCAUCAGAUGGGAUUGCAUGAAGUACAUCAAACUGGGCCAUCGAGUAGUUCAAGCACAAUGGAUGGAAGACCUGCACAAAUGGAACUUGAAAAUUGAGAAUGGCGAAACGAAUCAGAUCAUUACAGACCAAUGCGACAUCCUCUUAAGCGCAACUGGGGUUCUCAACAAUUGGAAGUGGCCAUCCAUAGAGGGUCUUUCUCUUUUUGAGGGUAAAACGCUUCAUUCUGCGAGGUGGGACGACUCGUACGAUUUUACAGACAAGGUUAUUGCUGUAAUUGGUGCAGGAUCUUCCGCAAUUCAGAUUGUUCCCUCAUUACUACCGAAGGUCCGCAAAAUGAUCAACUUCAUUCGUUCACCCACCUGGAUCACGCCGGAAUUCAGCCAAGUGCUGGCAUCGGAGGGGCGUGACACCAAGUUCACCCCUGAGCAGAUUCAACGGUUCAAAGACGACAAGAAAUAUUUCCUAGAGUAUCGAAAAAUGGUACAGAACACAGGCAGCUCAAACUUUGGCACUUUCUACAAAGGAUCACCCCGCCAGGAGGCCGCCGUCAAGAACUUUGCUGAAAUGAUGAAGAAGAGGCUUGGUGGAGCCGACGAGGUGGCUGCUCGCCUGAUCCCAAACUUUCCCGUUGGCUGUCGAAGGUACACCCCGGGAACGGGGUAUCUCGAAGCCUUGGUAUCUAGCAAAUCGACGGUGGUUGUCGAAGAGAUCGCUCGCGUUGAUUCUGAAGGGCUCGUCACAAUUGAUGGGCAGCAUCACCCAGUCGAUGCAAUUAUCUGUGCCACGGGCUUCGACACAUCUUUCAAGCCUGCCUUCCCUGUCGUUGGCCGCAAUGGGAGAAAUCUUGCAGAAUACUGGAAUGAAGAGCCUCUGCACUACCUUUCAAUCGCAGCACCUGGGUUCCCUAAUUAUUUCAUCAUCGGCGGCCCCAACAGUCCCAUUGCGAAUGGUUCUCUGAUAUCUGGGCUCGAAGUCGAGAUCGAUUAUGCCUACUCAUGUGCUGAGAAGAUGCAGACCGAGAACAUUGCCUCUAUAGAUGUCAAAGAGGAGGCUAUGAGAGAUUUUCUUCAACAUCGCGAUGAGGCAAUGAAAGCCUUUGUAUGGAGCGGUAAUUGCCGAAGUUGGUACAAAAAUGGAAAGAUUGAUGGACCUGUCAUUGGUCCCUGGGUAGGAUCAUCAUGGCACUUCAACGAAGCCCUUGAAAGGCCUCGGUUUGAGGAUUACGACAUCGAGUACUUUCGAAAGAAUCGUUUUGCAUACCUGGGUUACGGACGCACGUUGAGAGAAGAACUUGGCGAAAGCACAGCGGAGCACUUGACGGAAGAAGAUGUUUCAUACUAG